UGGACAACCUGAUUUACUUAGUGUGUAUCCGAGACUCAGUGCUGACCUUAUCUCUCUCUCUCUCUCUCUCUCUCUCUCUCUGUAUCUCUCUCUCUCUCUCCCGCUCUCUCUGUGUGUGUGUGUGUGUGUGUGUGUGUGUGUGUGUCCAAGGGUGACGGAGGGGGCCUCUGUGUUGGUGACAUCACUAUCAGGGAGGAUCUGAAUGAACAGGAAAGUCAAUUAGAGUUUAACUGAGUUUACCAGCUGGAGAGAGAGAGAGAGAGAGAGAGAGAGAGAGAGAGAGAGAGAGAGAGAGAGGAAAAAGGGGAGGAGAGUGAAAAAGAGAAGCGACAGACAGAGGAAGGGAGAGACGCAGCUACAAAACCAGGGAAUUUUGCCGGUGAGUGAAAAGUUUCUGCUGGCUCCUCGGGUUUCUCUGCUGUCCCGAUCAGACUGCUCAGGAAGACCUCAGAGCUCCAGCACACAGAGGAACGCCGGGGAUAUUUUUAAUCGAAGCUGACAACAGGAUGAGUGUGUGAGCACACAAGGUCAGCCUUCUAUCCAUCUGUCUGUCUGUCCGUCCAUCCGUCAUCCCUCCAUCUUCGGCCUCAGCAUGAAGUCGAGCGUCACUCUGCCCCACAGCCUCCGACUCACACCCUGACCGAGACACCGAGCUGAGCCGCAGCUCUGACAAGUCCACGAGAGGAGAAGGUGUGUAACGCUGGAGCUCAAGGACAAACCAUGGACUCUGCAGACCAACCACCACACCUGGGCGUCCACAAUGUUCCUUGCUAGUCUUCUAGUUCUGAUGACCCUGCUGCUUCCUCCAGCCUUGUCAGGUCAACAGGUGGAUUCCAGUCACUCUGAUGGGAACCCAGGAAUCUCUCUCGAGCCUAGUCUGGCCCAGACCAUCCAGAACCUCCUCUUGACCCGACUGGGCCUACAGUCCUAUCCAAACCCUCAUCCAGGAGCAGUGGUACCUCAGUAUCUCCUGGACCUCUAUCGCUUCCACACACAGCAGUACCACCUAGUAGAAGAUCCAGAUUUCAGCUUUCCUGUGGAGCACGUAGAAGGUGCCAACACUGUUCGCAGCUUCCACCAUGCAGUGUCCUCAGACCUUCACAUCCCUGAUGAGAAGAGUGACAGGAUCCAUAUAGCUUUUAACCUGUCCUCUAUUCCUUCCUACGAGAAUGUGGUCUCAGCAGAGCUGCGUUUCCUGCGUGGAGGAACACGCUGGGGUUCAGAGCCUCACACUGUCAGCCUCUAUGUCUCUGGUGGAAACACUGAGCCAACACUUCUCCAUUCACGACAGUUAGUUAGAGAGCCCUCAGGGUCUUGGGAGGCCUUUCCUCUGAACGCAAAACUGUUUCAGAAGUUGUCUGAUCGUGCAGGGAAAGUGGCCUUUAUCUUGGAAGUGACCUCAGAUAAUAGCAGUCACGCUGUGGAGGACAUGGACACAGAGGGACACUUGAGAGUGCGUAGGUCUGCAGGUGAAGAUGACUACAGCUGGGCACGCCAAAGACCACUACUGGUCACUUACAGCCAUGAUGGGCGCAGUGAACCAUUCAUUCCCUUUGGAAAGAAGAAGACCCCCAGGGGUAGGAGGGGAGGUAACAAGGCUAAGAAGCUCAAAGGUCAGGCGUCACAGGUAAGCUGGCGUGAUGUGUGGACAGACAAGCGGGUAAAGAGGAAUAACGGCGGUCGAGCAGCCAAGCUGAAACGCCUGUCUCGCUCUCGAUGCCGCCGCCAUCCCCUCUACGUGGACUUCAAAGAUGUCGGGUGGAACAAAUGGAUCGUUGCACCGACUGGUUACGACGCCUUCUUCUGUCUGGGUGAGUGCCGCUUUCCUCUCGCCGACCACAUGAACUCGUCCAGCCACGCCAUGGUGCAGACACUGCUGAACUCGGUCAAUGGAGCUGUGCCACGAGCCUGCUGUGUGCCUACGGCCCUCAGUCCAAUCGCGCUCCUUUAUCUGGACCAGGAAGAUCAUGUGGUUCUGAAAAACUAUCAGGAUAUGGUAGUGGAGGGCUGCGGCUGCCGGUAGCAAGGGAUGGCCCAAAAGGAAGAAAAGCAUGAAAACAUGGAAGAGCAAGCAGAUGAAAAAAGAAAUAUCACGUAGAGGUCCUUAAAGGAACCUUCAAGGCCUUUCAAACAGGCUCCAAGCUUUAAGUUCCUGUCCAGUUGUGGUGCAUUGCUUUGUUCACAGAGCAGCGCAAAUCUGAUUUAUUUCUUAAAUCCACGUUUUUAAUUCUCAGGGCUAAAUAUAUGUUUGUGCACUCACGACGCGUCACAACGAGUUCAUUUUACAAGGCUGUAGCUAAUCGCUAAUCAAAUCACUAAUCACUGAGCCUGGGGUGUUAAUAAAUAUAUGCUGGAGGGACAUCCUUCAGAAGUCACAUACACACCUUCAAAACGCUUACAAACCUGUUCAGUAGGGGUAUAACGCAUUACCACUAUCCCUAUCUGUAUUUGACUUUAAACCCAACGUGGGUGUGGCCUAAUCUUCAAGGGUUUUUUUUAACAUUAGCACUCUGCCCUCAGAAAAACACUGGGACGCUGGUGUGUGAAUUGCGGUUCUGACAGUUCCAGUGUGUGUGUGUGUGUGUGUGUGUGUCUGGGACUGUUUUUAUAACCGCACUCCCACCGUUGGUAUUCUUGUUUGAAUCUGCCUGCCAUAUUUUCUAAUCAGGGCUGAGUUUCCCAAAAGCUUCGCAAAGUUAACAUUGUCUCCACUGGGAGAGAGAGUGUUCAGUGUGAUGCUCCCUCUACCAUGUAGAGAUCUGUGUGCUGCGAUGUCUCGGGGAAACCCGACCCAGUUUGGUUAAUAUGAAUGAGUGACUGCUGUAAAAGCAUCACACAGCACCGCACGCUCAUGUUAAUGUUCGCGUUAAUGUUCGUGUUAAUGUUCGUGUUAAUGUUCGUGUUAAUGUAUGUGGUCUUUGUUUGUCCUGUGAGCUUUUUGUUGAGAUCCCAGUCCUGAUACGCCUGCAGUUUCACCCAGAUGCCCUGUGAACCCUUCUGGUGUCUAAGAACGCUCUGCAAAUGAAUAGCACGCCUCCUAUGAGGAUCUUUGGUAUCUGUAUUUUCGUCUGUUCAGAACAUAUUUCCUUCUGAACAAUGUACUCGUAUUCACUUACAACGAACGCUUUAAAAAUCUGAUUUGAGCUGCUUGUCUGAACAAAGACGGUGUCUCUGUGUGUUCUGCUCACGACUCGUCCAGCUUCCGGUUCUGUUCUGUAAAAAUGACUGCAGGUCUAAUCGUCUCGGCCUCUGUUCGUCUGCGUCGCUGUGUACUUGCUCUUCCUGUUUCGCACAUUCGUUUUCCUCUCAGUAGCGUCAGGUCACUUCCUCAGAAACACGGAGCUUCUCAAGAAAGGACGCUAGACGCUCUGAUGGACUUUGAAGCCACGUGUCGAGUUCACGAUUCACAAACAAUAUUCCAGAAGAUGUGCGAUUACAGAAAAGACUGGAACACAAGCACUUCUCUCCAGAAAAUACUAAUUUCUGAGUAGCUAUCCUUUUGUUAGAAUGUAUCUGUGUUAUUAUUACUAUAAUAAUAAUAAUUAUUAUUAUUAUUAUUAUUAUU